GUUAGUUACCUCAGUUGGUUCAGUGCUCAGACUCAGUGAGCGUCGAGCUGCCAAUGUGUGUAGUGGUGGCGGGAGUGUGUGGUAGGCGUGGUCUUCGUCGUGUACAAGUUUUAAAGUGAUUCUGAGAUACAGUUAUACUACCACGAAGUGACUAACGUGUAACAUCACCCGUCUGGCUCACAUGAGGAGGAUGGGGAGGAUGAUGUGCCCGGCCCAGGUGUGGCUGCUCCUCCACCUGCUGCUCCUUCACUUUUCCCAGGUGAGAGGGAUGGCAGGUGUGGUGACGAGCCUCAAGAUCAACACCAAGAUUGAGCACCGUUACGCCAUCACACAAGUUACCUCCGCCAUGAGAAAUCCCCUACCACAGUCAGCCGAGCUACAGUACCAGUUGAUGCUGCCCAAAAAUGCUCUCAUAUCUUCAUUUAUCAUGGAGGUGUCAGGCGCCAACUACACAGGCAUCAUCAGGGAGAAGUCAGUAUCCAGGAGAAUCUAUGAGAUGGCCAAGAAGGUGGGCAAGACAACGGGCCUGCUGGAGCACAAGGAUGAUGCUAUCCAGAAAUUUGAGGCAAGCAUAAAUAUGGUUUCUCAUGGAACAGUCACCUUUCAUAUCACUUAUGAGGAGUUGGUGCAUCGUGUAGAUGGUAGCUACUUGUACUCUGUUCACAUACACCCAGGACAUCGAAUUCCUUCAGCAGAGAUUGACGUCCAUAUUAUGGAGAGAGAAGCAAUCAUUGAUUACAAGUUUCUGGAGCUGCCUGGUCAAGAAAUGUUUUCCCACAACCCUGGAACAAGUGUACAAGGUGGGCCAAUGAGCCUCGGGGAACUCCACUUGUGGUACCGACACGAGGAUCCACAUGACAACUCCGGCAGGGGUAUUGAUGGUGUCUUCACUUUGUCGUAUACUACCACCAAUCAUACUGAUGGUGGGGAAGUACAGCGUGUGGGCAAUUACUUUGCACACUAUUUUUCCCCCGAAGGUUUGCUAAAAAUGCCAACCCACACAGUGUUCCUAAUUGAUGUGUCCUACUCUAUGAACGAUGGCAAGUUGGACAGCCUUAAGUCUGCCCUAAUACCUAUUCUUAGAGGAAUGAAUUCAGAAGACACAUUUGAGCUGCUGGCCUUCUCCUCAGAUGUGGUGAAUGUAGGGUCAUUCAAUGGUCGGCAUAAGCAAAUCAAGAAUGCUAUACGUAAAGUGAGACGUUUGGUAUCCAUGGGAUACUCCAAUCUCAAUGCUGCAAUUCUCCAAGCGAUCAGAACCACCAACAACUUUAAUGCUCAUCAAGCUGUUAAGCAGAUAGUAAUCUUCACGGAUGGGCAGAGCAACAAUGGGGUGGUGAAUCCAGAAAUCAUCCGUAAAAAUGUGCGUGAAGCCAACACAUACAGAUGUCCCAUAUUUAGCUUUGUGUUUGGCAGUGCUGACUUGAAAUUGCUUACACAUAUAAGUGAAGACAACGUAGGCAUUGCCUACUACUUGAACUAUAAUUCUGACCAAGCAGCACAGAUUAAGGACUUCUAUAAGCAGAUAUCCAAGCCAUUGAUAUCAGGAGUGGAUAUUAAUUACCCAGAGACUAAUGUUGAUCCAACUACCAUAGUGAAGCCAGGACUGUCCAACUACUACUCAGGGGGGGAGUUGGUGUUUGCUGGGUUAUUGAGACCAGGAGCAACUGGGGUUAACCCCAUAGUGAGUGGUGUGGGGAGGGACGGCCCCUACCAGUUUCCAGUGACCCGACUUGAUUCACGGCAGCCAUUCCAUACUUCCUUGAGAGAGAACUUUACAGCAAGAUUGUGGGCAUACCUCAUUGUCCAGGACCUGCUGGCCAGAGCUGACUUAUCAGAAAACGUGACUGAAACCCAACAAUUCCAUGCCCAAGCCCUGCAGAUUGCUCUUAGAUUUGGUUUUGUAACAAGAUUAACUUCCUUGGUGGUCGUUUAUCCUGAUGAUGAGUAUGUCAUAGUCUCCUCCCAAGAUGAGCUCCAUCAUGAAAGGAACUGGCAUCAUCCUAACAACUAUGAAUCCUCAUUCUCGAGUUUCCGACGACUUGGUCGAAGUAAUAUACGUGGUAAUAAAACAAUAAUCGCUGACUUGGAUCCUCACUUCAUCGUGUAUGCCCAGGGGUUCAACCUACCACUCUGCUUUAACUUCCAUGGCCACAAUGGAGCCUACAUGAACCUCAUCAGGGAUCCUCAGUCUGGUAUCACAGUGAAUGGUCAAGUGACUUCAAGAAUUUCACACCCAAAAAUGACAUACUUUACGACUCUGUUCCUCCGACUGAACCAAGUUAACAUUACCAUUACUCCUGAUCGCUUGGAAGUAGACUGUCUUGGUGAUGAUGGAACACCCCAGGUGACCAGCAUUACAAAAUCCCUCUGGCCAUUCUAUAAGAAAAAUGGAAGAAGGUACAAGCAUGGGACAGAUAAGAAACUUCGCUCAUCUCACAGAAAGCCAAAACAAAGGACAAGACAUACUGGGCAGCGGAGACCCCAUGAAGAAAAGAAAAUCUCUCUUGACAUUCAUAGACAUUACACUUACAAUAGAAUCACCCACUAUAACUCUUACAACAGACCUAAUCAUUAUUUUUCAUAUGAGAGAACCAACAACCAAAACAGCAAUUUCCAGGAUGAUGAUAUUAAUAGUCGUAUCAGAAGGUUUAAUGAUGAAGCCAGCAAGUACUGCAGCCUAAACUCCACUUGGAAAGAAGGGGUUGGAAGAAUAUAUGGUAAUGUCCUGAUUGUAUUAGAUAAGAAGAAGAAUCUACAUGUGACAAUUGGUGAUGGUUUGGCUCACUUCGCUGUAGUUCGUUCAAGAAACAAACUUGGACAACGUUUUCUUGGUUUCUACAUCAAGGAUCAACAGAUUUUAUCGCCCUUGACACAUGGCAUUAUUGGUCAAUUCACCACAAAAACUGUGAAACUGAUCUCACCAACCAGAAUUGCAGCCAGUAGAAAUAACAGCACUGAGAGCACGGUAAAAGUGGCAGUAAACAGGCGCAACAGGAGGAACAAAUACAGGCCAUCUGAAGUGUCUGGUAUUUUAAGUAAGCGUCACUCUCUCCUGGACCAAACUAAUGUGGACUGCAUCCACAUCAGAGGCAAUGGAAAGGGACUCCUGGAUGGUCAACCCAGAGACUACUUAUUGAAUUGUCUUCAUUGCUGAACAAGAAAAUCAUAGAUUCUCAUGUCUUCUAUGAAAGAAGAACAGAGAACUGCAAGCGGUUUUAAGCUUAUGCUCAGCACUGGAGCAUCACCCUGCAUUGUCUUCUGAGAAAUUGAAAAAAAUCUUGUGCUAGACAACAUACACCAAUUGGUGAUAUAAAUCAUGGAAUAAUUUCAUCAGCUGCCUCCUUCAGGUAACAUUAUUAUUUAACAUUAAAAUUUGUACAGCAAAUUAUGUAUCAUGAAUAUUCCUUUGCUUUCCUGUAGAAAAAUGGGAGCUUGUACUUUCAAUUGAAAUCAUAAAAAAAUGCUCUAUUAUUAAUCAGGAUCUCUAUCAUCAUUGUAAAAAUUUUAUUGUAUUUUGUAUCUAUGCAUGAGAGCUGUUAUUUUGCUUACAUUAUUACUGUAUCCAGUAAAAAUGCUGACUUGAAUAAAAGGUGUCCAAUUAUUUUUAAAUAGGAAAAUAGCAGUAGUGUAGUGAUGAGAAACAUAAACAGUAAGUUCUGAUACAGUACAGUACAGUACAGCACAGUACAGUGGUAAUGAGCAUAACUCUCACCAAUAUGUCAAGGGUUCGAGCCUCGGCCCGGACACACAUGAGAAGGAUGGUAUCCAGUGUGACCCUACCAGACACUACAUGUUUCCCGAUCCCCGAUUUCCUCCUUUACUAACACGGGAUAAACCACCCAAACGGCUAGUAAGCUGAUAUGUGGCAGAUAUGAUAAAAAUAAAUAAAUAACCAGUCACAGUGAUAUAUAAAAACAUAUAUCUUGGUACAGUAUAUAAUUUUUAGAUAUUCAGCAAAAGGUACUCCUGUAUAUUAUAGGUCAGUUGGCCUCUGCUACCCUUGGUAGCACUCAGAUCGCUUGUUGUGUACAAUACCAAAAAUCUUCAGAGACCGCAUAUUCCUUGAAAUCUUAUUGUUUUAUUAUACUGUAAUUUUUUUAUUACUGUGGCAUUUAUUUUCCCAUUAUUAUAUGCCUCAUUACUUGUACAGUACGUACUUCCCCAAGUGAGUAUGUAAUUCCUGAAUCAACUCUUAUUCAUGGGUGAUGUAUGUCUUUUAUUACUGUAAUCACAGCAAAUGAUACAUGCAUAAUAUUCCUCAACAGUAAGCUGCUGAUGUACUAUAACUCAUAUUGUACUGUAUUAUAUAAAGAACCCCAUCACCACUACCUUCACCCUGGCUCUAGGUACCAACAUAAAGUAAAGAAAAAUUGUGGACAGUAAUGUUAGUGUACUGUUUACAGCCUAUCAUUUGCAGGAAAGUAAUUAGGCCCAGAAGAAGAAGUCUUGUAGAAAACCAUGUAGUUAGCGCAAUUGUUUCCAAAAUACAAUGUGGACAACUUUGUGGAGUGGUGUGGAUAUACAGUACAUUUCAGCCAAAUUACACAUACAGUAUUGUCUUAUAGAUCUAACCUAAGAGUUUGUCUAAGGGAUUUUUAUCCUAUUUUUAAGAAAAAGAAAAUACAUACCAAGCUGUAGUCAAAUUGUACUCCCUUUAAAUUUUGUAAUACAUUUGUAAAUACAAUACAUAUACCCUGUAUACAAUACAACAGUCACAUACACUAAGAAUGAAAAUAAGUUUUGUUUUCACUCCACAACUACUCUUAUAUAUUCUCACUUAUGAUUUUAUCCAUAACAUGUAAGACGGCAUUCAGGAGAUGAGUACAAAUGAUACAGCAACCUUGGUAGGCUACUGUACUUGUUACUAUCCUGUAUGUCAUAUUUAUGGAGAGCCUCGCUUGUAAAUUGUUGUCACAGUACAUAAUUGUUUUUCCUCUCCUUUAUGCUGUAAACAAGUUACUAUAAUUUCAAAAGGGUUUAGCAUUUAUUCAGCAAAUUUGUGUACUGUAUUAUAUAAAACAAUGUUGAUAUCAAGUGUUGCUGUUGUACAAAAUAGGAUAUUACCCGAGCUUACUUUUCUCAUGAAUUUCUGGAAAUUUUAGUUUCCAGUACAGUACAACUAGUGAAGAAAUUAUAUGCCAAAUCUUUUUUACUCACAGUAGUUAAGUUUUAUAUGGGGUGUUUACUUCAGAUACUACUGAUAAUUUGGGGCUGUCAGAGUUUUUGUAAUGAAAGACUUAAUUCUGUCUUGGAAAUUGUAUGCCCCAUUUCUAAAUCUUUAUUAUUUGUACAUUUAUCUCACAAUCAAGUCAGUAAUGGGGUGAAGGCAAGGAUUUAAAUGAUAUCAAAAGGUGAGUUAUCCGUCAGAAAUGCUAAAGAUGCAGGGCCGGCGCCAGGGUAUUCAACACCCUAGGCAAUAUGUACAGUAUAUUUGCACCCCACACCCAUUUUUCCCAGUCUUAUAAUCCUCCAAAAGUAAAAUUAUAAUGCAAUAUUUUCUCUGCAAGAUAUUUAUUCAUGAAAAAAGACAUAAAAGUAGCAACUACUCUGUGAAUUACAUGUUCCUUGUACAGAUUCACUUUUUGUGCCUUUAUAUUUACAAAUUUGCUAAUCAGAUCCUGGGUAUCAAGCUUUUGGGCAAUUUCUUGCUCUAUAGAUACAGUUGCUAAUCCAACAAGCCUUUCUUGGACCAGUUGUGGAUGAUAAGUCUUUAUCAAUUUUGGUUUUGAAAAACUUCCCUCACCAUUUGCAACAGUAACAGGCAGAGUCAGAAGAAUAUGGAGGACAAUAAAUGUGUUGAAAACACUGUCAUUCAGCUUAUUUUCACAAAUGAACUUCAACACUGCUUGCUGUGUCAUAGAUUGUGGUAGGCACCAAGCGAUGGCCUGAAGUUCACCACACAAUAUCUUCAGCAGCCUCAAUAUCUUUAGAUUCAUCAUGCUGCAAAGUUGAUUCAAGCUUUAUGCAGUAAUUCAUCAUUCAUGAGUAGCGAGGUCGGGAGUAUCUGCUGAACUGUAGUGUGUAAACAUAGUGAUGUCACAUCACUGAACUGUUCAUUAUUAAGUAAAAUUUCCCCACUUACUUAACAAUGGAUGUUUGAUUCAUUACUUGUACUGUAUUUAUAUUUUAAAUUUAGGCAUAAUAUAUUAUUCACCACUUUAAAUUUAUAAAAGCUGUCUUCUGUUUGCAUGUUCAGAUUGUUCAGAUUUUAUGAUUGACAUAUACAAUUGACAUAUACUUGUAUACAAUAUAUGCCAGUAUAUGCAGUACUGUAUGCAGAAUAUUCUUAUUUUUUCUAGCCAAUUUUUGCACCCCCAAAAUUCUUGCACUCUAGGAGACUGCCUAGUUAGCCUAAUGGUAGAACCGGCCCUGUUAAGAUGAAUUACAAACACAAUCAUUUCUUAGAAAUUUACCUCAUCAAAUAAAAUAUACUAUCAUAUAUAUUUUAUGUAAUUAAUUAAUUGGCCUUUUGACAACUAUGGUCAUAAUGCCUUAUACUAAAGUAUUGAUAUCAUUUAUCAUAUUAUAUAAUGUAUUGUAUUUAACAUUCAUCAAAUGUACCAUAUUUAACUUCACCUCUAACUAAUUUCAUUCAUUAAAUGUAAUUAACUUCACAUUCUACAGGUACUGUACUAGUGUACUUGAACUAUAUGUUUAUUGUUAAUAUCAUUUAUAAAACACUCAAGGUCUACCAGUAAUAUCUCCAUUAGUCAGAAUCCCUUUUACCCAGAAUUCUCCAAUUGACGGAAUUGAAAGUUGCUCGGAAUUUUUCGGAAUGACUUUUCCGGCUUUGAGAGAGUAGUCUCGUAACCUGGAAAUCUCUCAUUCCCGGAGGUGCUCUGCACCAUUUGUUCCGGCUAACAGAGAUAUUACUGUAUCUUAAUGCUUGGUAUUGAACCUUGAUUAUCAUGUGUUUUUCUUAUGUAUGCACUUUUGAGUAAUAGAACAAUGUAAUUUAUGAGAUCAGGUAAGACAUUAUAUAAUAUAUUACAUAC